AUGGCAGAACCUAAAGUAAAAAAAGUUGAUAGCCCUCAUGGAUCGGUUAUUUCUAUUUCAUCGACACAACAAGCAACGGCUACCGAUAAUACUGCGAGUACACAAGCAUCUCCGACAAGCCUCCACAAAGUCUCUGCAUAUCAAAAUGUGGAAACUCCAAUUCAAGCGCCUUACAAAGUAUCUCAAACACUUGCAAACCGUCUAUUUGAUGGUCGACUGUCUUCUCCUUCAUCGCUCUCUUCUUUGGAGCACCGUGCUUGUCGAAUUUGUCAAUCGGAGACAGGAGAUAUGGUGCGCCCGUGUGGGUGUGCUGGCACGAUGGGAGAUAUUCAUGAAGCAUGUCUCUCCAAAUGGGUCACAACCUCGCAUCACAGACAACGUUGUGAGAUUUGCCAAGAGAAUUAUGCCCUCAGCGGAGCUGUCUUCAAAAACAUUAAGAAGUGGGCCAGACCUAAAGUCGACUGUACGGAUGUAUUUGCCGUUUUCACGUUGCUUGGACUGCUUGCUUCAAUUGCGUACUUAGUGAGCUUGAUGGCCGAACGUCUUUUGGUUGAGCGUGUCUUUGUUUACAAUCUACCAAUUCGCAGCGAUGACUAUGCUCGAUUUUUGCUUACUCUUCUUAUGACGGUGCUUGCUUUUGGAAUGACAGCGUUGUUCGUCUCUCAAUUUCUGUCGUAUGUGGGCCGCCAGAAAGAAAUUCGUUUUGUUAACAAGUACAAAAACGAUGGCACGACGGAGACCCGA